AUGUCCCCAAGCAAACAUAACCAGCGGCACCGCAAAGCGUACAGAUGCGAUGUCGCCGGAUGUUCCCGGAAGGAGGGAUUCGGCACCUUGAACGACCUUGACCGACACAAGGGCAGUGUUCACCCUGAUGUCUUUAACGCAGGCCCUCGAUUUCGUUGCCGGAUUGGCCAAUGUCAGAACAAGGACAAGAUUUGGCCCCGGGCGGACAACUUUAGACAGCACCUGAAGCGUGUGCAUCGUCAGGAUGUCAGCCCUGAGGAUGAUCUUAGCGAAUAUUCGCUGCAGUCAUCGCUCCAGAGACCCCAGGACGAUUCAUUCCAACAGAAUGCGCAAGAUGCUCUCGAAGGUGUAGGCUCGGAACUUUUCAAGUCCUACGCAGGCUCCAUGGCCUGGGGUGGUCGGCCGCCGGCCUUUGAGGAUAUUCAGCUAUCCCCGCAAGAAGAACAGCCAGCAUCCAUGGACCUCAUCCUCGACCCAUCUCUAACAACUCCCGAUGGUUCAGCAUCGGACGUAGAUAUGGCUGGUUCUAAGGUACAGUUACAGAACGAAUUACCUGAUCCGGUUCGUGAACCCACACGCCAUGAAUUCGUACAGCCCAAAGAGAUCACGAUCGCUCCAUCUCCAAAGGCCGUUAUUGGUGGACCGAAGCACGAAAACUCCAAUGGACUUCGUGCUAACCAGCCUCAGCGGUCCUCUAUCAACUUGAGCGUCGGCUGCGAACGAGAUGCCACUAGCCUGAAUAGAACCCAGAGUGAGACUUUUCAUAGUCCUCUAACGGAUAGCAUGGACUGCGAUGACGCUGCCAAAGUUCCAUGUCAUCGAUCCACAGGCGGAUCCAGUGCAAAGGAACGACCCGUCGACCAAGAGGAGCAGCCAACGAACCAGUAUCCUUCGGUUCGCCAGAACAAAGAUCUGAGCCAACAAGCCAUGUUCGAUAUCCUUUCGCAGGUGCCUAAGAAUAUCAUCGAGACAUUCUUGAAGUCCCAAACGGAAGCCGCUCCUCAGAAACGCGUACCAACUCCGAACAUCAGUGCCAGCGGCCCUCAUCGAUGCCCACAUGCUAGCUGUGACAAGGGCUUCAGCCGAAAAUGCGAGCUCAAGUAUGCAAUCUCCGCCACGCCUUGA